CGGGUCGGACCCGCUGCCCCCCAACCCCCGGAGCCCCAAGCCAGGAGCCAUGGCCUCCGCCCUCUGCCCGCCGUCCCCGCUGCUCGUGCGGGUGUCCGAGUCCAGCCGUCGAACACGCUGGAAGCUGGAAAUCUACUUCCAGAGCCAGCAGUCCGGCGGCGGGGAGUGCACCGUCCAGCCCCUCUACCACAGGGACCAGGUCACCUUCCUGGUGAAGUUCGCCGAACGGGCAGCUAAAGAGAGAGUCUUGAAGAAAGAAAAUCAUCAGAUUAUGGUGGAAAACAAACUUGUGACUAUUUUUCUGGAACCCACUAAGAAUCCAAUGGAGAAGAAUGCAAGACCCAGAACAUCUUUUUUGCCACAGUCACAGGAAAGAGUGAGGUCUGGUGAGAAGCAUCAAAACGAAGAACAUAUUCCUUAUGUUAUGGAUUCCUGUCUGCAAAAGAUCUUUCUUAGCGUCACAGCAGACCUGAACUGUAAGCUGUUCUCUAAAGAGCAAAGGAAACACGUAACCAUUAUGUGCCCCAAGGUCAAAAAGAUGGAAGGGGACGAUGGAAUUGAGAAGGUGUGCGGCACCUUCAGAGAUAUUGAAAAAAUAUAUCACUUCUUGAAUAAGCAACUCCAAGAAAGUGGGUGCAAAUUUGGAUCUUCCCCUUUGGAGAGGAAGCCACUCCAUCAGCAGAACCAGAAGAACAGCUGUAUUUCUCCCUUGGAACCAAAAACCAAGGCAGAAGACGAAAGCAACCGUCUUGAAAUUCCUUUGCCUUUCUUUGAGUAUUUCCAGAAUACCUAUCCUGACAAAAUAGACUCGAUACAGAAAAGAUUUGGUGUAAAAAUUAAAAUAAUAACUCAGGAGAGUUCUCCGAAUACUGUCUAUUUAGAUUUCACCUCCAAUCCAUCAAGUGCUCUCCAAGCCGCUAGAGAGUCUUUUGUCAGUGAAUUUCAGAAAACCGUGGGAUCUCUGGAGCAGAAAUGUGUUGCUUUUGCAGACACUGAACAGGCAAAUGAGAUCAAACAGACACUGAAUCAACGAUUUACAAAGCUCCCUAUAAAGGAGAAAGGAAGAGAAUUAACUCUCCUUGGGACCCAAGAUGACAUUUUCGCUGCCAGAUAUUUUUCUGACCUAGAAGCCUCUGAAAGUCUUGUCACGGGACCUGUGACAAUAUCGACUCCCACAUGCCUGAUGAAUAGAAUUGAGGUUGACACGGCUCACUAUAUGCUUGUGAAAGCCGAAUUACUCCAGGAGAUGACAGAGUUAGAAGAGAAGUACGAUACUCGUUGUGAGGUUUGGGGAGACAGUAAUAAAAUCCACAUUCUCUUUGAACCUAAGGACAAGGAAUUCGAUCUCUCUGCCCAUGCUUAUUCCAGUUUCAUCGAUGCCUAUCAAUAUGUGUCAAGUCAGCUGAUGAGAGAAGUUCUUUCACUGAAACCUCUGGGCAAAGAGAGAAAGCACUUACAUCAGAACAAGUUUGCAGAUGACUUCAGAAAAAACCAUCCGCAUGUACACUUUGUACUAAAUCAAGAGUCAAUGACUUUGACUGGGUUGCCAAAUCACCUUGCAAAGGCAAAGCAGUAUAUCUUUAAAAAAGUGGGAAUGUCCCUGUUAGCUGGAGAUCAAAAGAAUAAGGACCAAGAAACACGCGUGGACAUUGAUAGUAAUGACUCAAAAAUAGCUCUCUCGACAUUCCAGCACUCUGCCAGUUCUGGGGCGUCAGGAGGGGAGAAGGAAGAGGACAUAUGUAGCAUCUGUAUUGACAUCAUUAGAGACAAACAAGUGCUAUCAAAGUGCAAGCACGCAUUCUGCACCUCUUGUAUUAACAAAGCUUUCUCCUAUAAGCCGGUCUGUCCUGUGUGCCAGACUUUCUAUGGUAUCCAGAAAGGCAAUCAGCCAGAGGGAACCAUGACUGUUACCGUCCUAAAAGACUCACUUCCAGGUUAUGAAUCCUGUGGCUCCAUUGUGAUUACUUAUAAUAUGAAAGGAGGCAUACAAACAAAAGAGCACCCAAACCCAGGAAAGAAAUACUCUGGAUUACAACGAAGAGCUUACUUGCCUGAUAAUGAGGAAGGAAAUGAGGUUUUGAGACUGCUUCGUAGAGCCUUUGAUCAAAAGCUGAUUUUCACAGUGGGGGAGUCUCGAAUGCUAGGAAUCUCCAAUGUCAUUACAUGGAAUGAUAUCCACCACAAAACGUCUCCGUUGGGGGGACCACAAAUGUAUGGCUACCCUGAUCCAGAUUACCUGAAACGUGUCAAAUCGGAGCUGAAAAGUAAAGGAAUUGAGUAAGAAGGGAUGUCUUGAGCCAAGCUAUCAAAAGACACAGAUGAAGAAACACUUUUUAAAUUAUUUCAUCUUGGGGCACCUGAGUGACUCAGUGGGUUAAAGCCUCUGC